AUGCAAAACUAUAUUGACAACUAUAGAAAUACACUUUGCAGCCGCUUUAUCGAUGAAUUUAACGGCUUUGACUUUGUUGGGGAGUUCAUUCGCCUGGUUUUGCCUGGUGAUAAUGAUAGUGUAUAUCGCGACAGAGCGCUUACCACUAUUAACGAUAGCAUCGAUAAGCUUGGUGGAUUGGAAACCAUCAAAAGUGAAGUGAAUCUUCUGCAGCGCUUGUAUAAAAAUACCUCAAUUCGAAGACAGUUUCGUAUUCAUCAUCACCAGAUUCAAGGUCUUCUCCCGAAUGUUGGUAUCAGACUUCAACUUUUCAGUGUCAAUUGUAAUUGCAUUCACGUUGAUUGUGUGAUUGCUAGAGUGUACACUUUGUAA